AUGUCAUACUAUCAGCAACCUCGUCAGGUCUCCUACUAUGGAGAUCUUUCCACAACAGCGGCUGCUCCUCAGAUGGCCAUGCCUUCAUACGACCCCUAUGCCGUCAGCGCAGUAUCUUCGAUGCAGAUUCCCACUGCCACCAUGGGAGGACCCGUGGGCGGACCUCUACCGGCACAGCAUCGCGCCUCUUCUGGCGCGUGGAACCAGGACGAUGACAGGGCACUGCUCGCCCUCCGUGCCAUGGGCAAGAAUUGGAACCAGAUCCAACGCGAGGCCUUCCCAAACAAGACGGGCAAUGCCUGCCGAAAGCGGCAUGAGCGGUUGAUGGAACGCCGGGGUCAGACCGAUUUCGACAGUCUCAAACUUGAACGUCUCAGUAAGGAAUACAUGAGCAUGCGCAAGGAGAUCUGGAAGCCUUUGGCUGAUCGGUGUGGUGAGAAGUGGCACGUUGUUGAGGCCCAGUGCAUGUCCAACGGCCUCAAGAACAUCCAGUCCCACGCUCGCUCGUAUAGCCGGAAAGAACGCCUGGCAAACGGCCAAUCCUCAUCAGGAUAUGACGAUGACAGCGGCAUCUCGGGAAUCGGUCUGACCCCCAUUGAUGACGACGAUGUGGACGACUACAGCAGCCCCGAGCCCUCUGGUUCCAUCCACGGUGCACACUCUACUUCCGGUGGCAGCACCGGCAGCGGAGGCACGCCGUCUCACCAGGCUUUCGCCCAGAGCAGCUAUCAGAACUACGGCUACCAGCCCCACCACGGCUACAGCAAUAGCGUGUCAAGCACGGGUACGACCGGAUAUGCCCACCACGGCGGCUCAAGCCAGGGGACAAGUCCCUACAUGGGUCAUGGUAAUCGUCUGCCUAGUGUGGGUGAUAUGGGUAUCAACAAUAUCAUCAAUCGUGGAUCGGGACGUGAUGCCAACUGA